AUGAUUCUCCUCUACAUAUUUUUAUGCUGCAGUCUAUAUGAUCGGCAAGCUGACUCUAUUAAAUUUGAGCAUGGAUCCAGUAGUGAAUCACAUGAAGAUUCCCAUUAUGGUGGUGGGAAAAGCUCGCAUCAUCAUCAUCAUCAUCAUCACGGAGGCUCUCAUAAUGAUGAUGACGAUUUGGACAGUGGUUUUAACGACCCAAACGAAGAUCCUAAAAUGAAAAAGUCAUGAGUUUUUCGGGAGGGAUAUUUUAUAAUGGAUAGAAGCAUGAAUGUGUACGCAUUUACAAGACCAGGAGUGAAAAAAUCACAAUGGCUCAUCGAUUUAAUUGGUGCACCGUCUCGAAACGGCGUCCGAGACAAACUUUUCAGAAUUAUUGGUAAACCGGAAGAAGGAGUUGCAGUCUUCACGUCGACUAAAAAUGGCAGACGUCAGAGAGAAGAGCGCAGCCGUGGAUACCCAUUCAAAAUGGGCGCUUGGUUCAAUUUAACUAUUGUUAAUACUCAACCUGGUCUCCAACUGUACGUCAAUCGAACCUACUUUGGAUUUUUCAAGCAUCGAACACCGAAUCCUUCAAGAGACUAUGUUAAAUUAUAUAUGGAUGGCGCCCUCAAACUGGACAGUCUCUCAUUUCCUUUACACCCCAAAGGUUAA